AUGCUCUCAAUAUGGCGAGCGGUCAAGGUUUCCUUUCCUCAGGCUGGACACUGCCAUUCAUAUUCCGUUACCGCCAUGCUGUGGUCGCGACUGUGGCUGCGUGAGAUGUGUCAACGUAUCGUUGGUGACAGUCGCAUGGGGUGCACAGCACUCACCCUUUGUGUGGCCUGCAUCGGUGCCUCCUCCUGGGGUGCCGCUACGGUUCUGUGUCACCCCCUGGCCACUCCGGAGUACCUAAUUCCCUAUUACUUGCGUAGCAUUAAGAGCCGCUUCAGGCACUAUGCGUCGGUGCGGUCAGCCGACGACGGGGCGAUGCUUAUGACAAUGGAGGACUUUGUGCGCUCAGUGUUAGUCCUCAGGAAGGAUGAACCCCUGGGGGCUUCGUCGCUAGAAGAUAUGUCUGAUCUCUUUGCUUCGCUGGAUGCUGACGGCAAUGUUUGUCUCAACUUAACCGAGUAUACGUUCCUCAUGGUUUUAUUGACGGCAAAGUUGAAGGACAUCCGCAUGUUAUUCACUAUCGUAGACAAGGAUAGGGUUGGUACCCUAGGACUUAGUGAGUUUGCAGGUGUUCUGCGCGGCUUGGGCUGCACCGCUAACGAGGCGAAUUCCCUGACAACCGGCUGCAAGAACGGAAUUGUCAGGCGACUCUUUGGCGAUGAUGGGGAACUUCGCUGCUCCUACGACGAGAUGGAGGGGAGUAUUAAUGCCAUUAAUGAGGCCAUCUGGCGGGCGGAGUUUCACCUGUUCGACCCCAAUAAUGUUGGUUGCAUCGGUGCCGAGGAGUUUGGAAAACUUUUGGCGAAACAGAUGAUUGGAAGCAAUGUACCUUUUUACGUAGUGGAGAACAUACGAAGGAUGAGAGGGAUUAACACAACGGUCACGGUGGACCAAUGGAUUGGCUUUCAUCAGGUUAUGCGUGAAGCAGAUACUAUAGGGGAGGCGGUGCGUCUUUUCAUGGAGUCAGGACUCUCACUGGGAAAGCGUGAAUUUAACCGCGUUGUGAAGGCAGCUGGUGUGAGACCAUUCAAAGAGGAAGAGCUCGACCUUAUUAUGGCCCUCUUUGACCGUAACGGAGACGGUGCACUGGACUUUGACGAAUUCAUCUCCUUGAUGAAGCGAAAGCUGAGUUAUCAGUACAGUGGCUCCAGUGCUAACGAACCUCGUGAGGUAAAGCACUUUCCAACACGACUUGUGGAGUGCGUUGGGGAAACACUCAGGGGCUCAGUAGGUUAG